ACAACUAGAAGAUACUAUUAAUAAGACUAAUAAUCCAUACUAAUCAGUCACCCUCUCGCGGUAGAUCUACAAAGGCUAUGGACACUACGGUAUCCUCUAUGUUUGAUGGAGAUGCCGUCCUGUUUUAUUGCCUAGAAGCCUCGGGCUAUGUAUACAGUGAACCCAUCAGCUCUGAGUCAAAUAUUGUCACUGUUUAUCCUGCAAAAGAAAAUUUACCUGACUUUCCUAACAUUAAUUUUGCCGCAUUCCUUAUUAGCCACAGAAAACUGCAAAGUGUUAGCCUUCAAAGACAUAAUCUGUCUCAUAGCCAAAAUGCUGAACCUAUGACUGUUGUGUAUGGUAGCAUCAUCAAAAUUCAACAUCAGGCAUCCGGCAGAUAUUUAGCUGCUACUCCAAAUAAUUCAGCAUGGCUUAAUGAAGGGGAUUCUGAAGCAAAUUUAUUUAGGCUUGUUUCUUCCCAUCAAGAAAAGGGAUGGGGUGAUGAUUUGGCAAUUAAUGACAACAUUAUACUAGAAAGCAUUUAUUACAAGGGCUAUAAAAUACAGUGCAUUAAUAAUCCUAUUGAAGCCAGAGAUCAUUUAGUUUUAUCUGGGACAGGUUCUGUAUUUUCUAUAAAGCCUCACUGUUACAAAUGUUCCACUUUGAAUCCACAGUAUAUACUGGGUGGUAAUGUUAUUAUGCUUUCCAGUUUAAAAAUUGAUGGCUAUGUCUCAGUAAAAGGUUCAUUUGUCAAUGAUAAGCUUCCUGAUCAGUUUAAAUGGUCUCACAAUGAAGUUGGAUUGCGGCGAUGGCGGCAAAAGUUUUUUAAAGCCUUGCCUGUUUCUGGUGACACUUUCUUUCAGCUUGAGAAAACAAUUCAUAUAUGGACAGGAAAUCCUUUUGUGUUUGGUGAGGAAUGUAGAAUUAAGCAUUUGCCAACACAGCAGUACAUCAGUGUUAAAGAUACUUCAGAUAGAUUGAAAAUUGUUGUCGAAAGUAUGAAAAAAUCCAAUGGAGCUGAGUUAUUUAAAAUAUUGCCAACUAACAUUUUUUAUUCUGUUGAUAGGGAAAUAGGUGACCUAUUGCAGAAGAACAUUAAUUCAUUUAUUGAGAAAUUGAAUACAGAGGUUCCUAAUACAUAUUUUGUAAGUAUUUUUAGAUUUGUUUCAGGAUUCUGA